AUGACCUCCGCCUUCAGCUCUCUGCUCGCCUUUGGAGGCUUUCCCGCUCCAUCGUUCAGCAAGGCGACGGCAGCAGAUGUCUACGUGCUGGCCGUGCUCAUCUUCAAAUACUUUCCCCUCAUGACGCCUCUGGUGAAGCUGUUCAACGCGCCACACGGCAGAUUUGCCGUGCUCCACUCCAAACUGAAUCUGCCAGGAAAUGCCGCUUGGCUAGCCAUGGAGAUUUGGUCGCCCCUCCUCUUUGCGCUCUCGGUCGCCAGUCCAGUGCUCUCCCACUCCAGCACCCAAGCCGUGCUCACCAACCUCGUGAGCCCAAGCUGGUCUCGCGUAGCAUCGCUGCCCACCCCAAACCUCAUUCUGGCCGCAGCAUACAUUGCGCACUACACGCAUAGAGCCGUGCUGCAGCCGCUCAGGUCUCCUGCUCGGUCGCCCAUUCACCUCUCCGUCGCCCUCUCGGCUACCGCCUUCAACCUGCUCAACGGCUUUGUGAUGGGAUCGUGGAUCGGAGGGCGUUCGCCAUCGAUGCUGCUUCCGAGCAGCAUUUUGAGCGUCUCUGCCUUGCUUCCUCGCAAUCCCAGUCUGACGGGAGCCAAGGGAGCGGCCACUGCACCUCUUGCUUCUCCUGGCCUCUUGCCCGAGUCUGCGCUGUACAGCCCCUUGUUCUGGAUGGGUGUGAUCGGUUGGGCUGUGGGCUUUGCUGGCAACGUCUACCACGACGAGAUCCUCAUGGACAUUCGAAGACCAAAGGCGGGCGAGGCAGACCCAGCGAGCAAGGCAGUGACUGCAAAGAAGAGCAGCAGCAGCAGCAGCAGCAGCGCGACGCCAAAGUACGAAAUCCCCAACGGUGGGCUGUACAAGUACAUUAGCUUUCCCAACUACCUCUGCGAGUGUGAGUGUUUGUUUGUCGCCUGGCACGCUGCUAAUGGUCGGGAUGCUGCUGACUUUGCGCCGACAGGGAUCGAGUGGUCCUUUUACGCCCUCGGCGCCCUCUCCCUCUCUGCCAUCUCUCCCCUUUCCCGCGCCAAUACCUCCCCCCCUCUGGUCUGGUGGGCAUACCCUUUGCUCUUGCUGAGCGCACCUCCCGCACUCUUUGUCCUCUCUGAAAUCACCGCCAUGCUGCCUCGCGCGCUCAACGGCCACGCUUGGUACCGCGCCAAGUUUGGCGUGCAGGGAGAUGGCAAGGGUGGCAGGUACCCUGCAGAGCGCAAAGCCAUCUUUCCUGGGCUCCUUUGA